CCAUGAGCAGAAUGUCAGAAUCACUAAACUGCCAUCAUCUUGCAGCUGGAUUUGUAGACAUCGGGGAAGAGGAACUGAUGGGGGUGUGGUUAACGCCGCGAGAUCUGGUGCCACCAACUUCUGUCACUAUAUUUGGAAGGCGAGUGAUGGUGACGGGGUGCGACGACCAGACGAGACGGUUCCUGCUGGAGUACUACGGAGUGGAAAACGCGCCCAGUAUGAAACAGAUUGAAAUCACCAAGGUAGGGUCAUGGCAGAGCUUCUGUAAAACGGAAACGCCAAUCGUCAUCUGUUGCCUAGCCCUGUAUCAUGCCGACGAGCGCGGGUCCAGCGGCAGGACGCAGUCGGACAUCGUGCCCCGUCCUCUGGUUCGCAGGGGCAUCCUGGACCCGCGUGACGCCACGGUCCUUCGCUUUUCGGCUCAGCUGGAUACGCCGGACAAUAAAGACGGAGACCGCAACUUCAUCAUGAUUUACCACGUUGCGGAUGCGACUUUAGAAAUUAAAGAACUGGCUCGACCAGGAGGUUUGGGAGGCCGUGUUCUGUCUCGAUCUCACGUGCCAAAGCCACAGCCGAAAGGAGACGAACGAGGCGCUGGACGCUACGCAGGCGAAGACGUCUAUACACUUAAUGAUCUCUAUAUUGGUUCAAUUCUGGACGUGUGGGGCCGAAGGUAUGUGCUAACAGGAGCUGACCGGUAUGUGCUGAGUUACGUCCGUCAGCACGCAGAAGAGAUUUCCCCGAAGGUACUGUCAUCACUUGUCGCGUUCUUCGGGGAAGACCAGCCACCAGAAUCUCAAAUUGCUGCCAAGGAGAAUCAGUUACACAUGAAUGGUUAAUGGUUAAAAGCAAUCUAAGAUCAUGUAGCACUGUAGGAAAGUAUAGUAAAGGGUAGUGAAGGACGAUUGACUUAGUAGUUAGUUGCUAUGUGUCAACAAUCUAGAAUAAUAUUGGAAAGGUUAAAGAUGGGUAAUGAGUUGAUGAGUGAAGUUAAGGUAGGAUUAGGUAAGGAGGAUUAGAUCAAGUGAAGGAUAUGUAUGAGUCUGAGGGAGGAGAACAGGUUCUCAAAGCAGAAAAAGUGGGAUUCCGUAAGGAUGUCUGACAGGUUGAGAGGUCGGUGAAGGGAGGAUAGGUGGGGGAAAGCGUAAACAGGACAACAGAAAGUGUGGAACUGAAAGAGAACCAUUACCCUAGGGAACUUAGGGGCAGAUCUGAUAAGAGCGUGUUAGAUGGGCGUGGCCACUAUGAGAGCGGGCAAGAGCCCUCUCCCAACAUCUGUUCCGAUGAAAUGGAGCUGUCCAGGAGAAGAUAAUAGUUUUGCAGUAUGUAAUUUAUUAGUGCAAAGACUUGACAAAAAAGAUUGCCAUCGGGUGUA